AUGGGUGAAGGUAGCAGUUCUAGAGGCGGGCCAAAGACGCUGAAGAGAAUCAGAAAAACGGAGGUCAUCAGUUAUGAGCAAAGCGUGGUGCAAUUAUCGAAAGAAGCGAGAAAGACAUGCUUGAUUGUGGAGAGAAAACGUAAAAGGUCAUUGAACACAGUUGAUGGAGCAUACUCAGCUGUCUUUGAUAACACCUAUCCUCAAUACAAGUGGCUUUACAAAGGUUGGCUCGUCGAGGAGCGUCGCAUCAUGCUGUCUGGCCGACUUUACCGGUACUAUUACGAUCCAAAGGGGAGAGUGUACAAAUUCAGGUACGAAGUGGAGCAGGUUUUCGAAGACAUGGGAGAGCAUCUGGCUGAAAAGAAGCCAGUGGUCAUCGUCCUCGACGACUAA